AUGGAAGACGCCUCUAAUAUAGCUAAAUUUUGUGUCAACGGUUGUGGAUUCUAUGGUCGCCCGGACUACAAUAAUAUGUGUUCUAAGUGCUUUAAAGAAUGCAAUGCAAACAACAACCAAAAUGUUGAAAAAUCUAUAGAGCCUUCCAUGCCUUCCGAAGCUUCAACCCAACAACCACCUAUCAUUACAAAUAAACUUCAAGGCUCUUCUCCCUUGUCCAAUACCUUACCUGAAGAAAGUCCUUUCCAAAAGAAUUUGCCUGUUGCUGAUGCAAAUAACCCUCGACCCACUCAAAUCAAUCCAUCUCGUUGCUUCGUUUGUCGAGCUAAGAUUCCUUUGGCUAAGCAAACUAUUAAUAAAUGUCGCUGCGAAUAUGUUUUCUGUGAUAAUCACAAAGUUCCGGAAAAGCAUGAAUGUGACUUCGAUUUCGCUAAGAUGGGUAAAGAUAUUUUAGCGAAGAAUAACCCUAAGUUGAACGACGUGCACAAAGGAGGUCGUUCAUUUAAUAGGAUUGAUUAA